UCUGCUUGAGAAUCCAACAUGGCGGAUGUGCAGCAUGCUAGCAUUUACUUUGUGUUUAUCUAAAACGGAUAAAAACAGCGUUUGAUUUAAUUACACUUUAAACUCCGGAAGAGGGGGAUUUUUAAACCCCGGUGUUUUCUCCGAGACUGAGGUGAAGGUGUGUGUUGGCCAUCAUGGGGCGUCGAUCCACCUCGUCCACCAAGAGUGGGAAAUUCAUGAACCCCACUGACCAGGCCCGUAAGGAGGCCAGGAAGAGGGAGCUCAAAAAGAACAAGAAGCAGAGGAUGAUGGUGAGAGCUGCUGUCCUGAAGAUGAAAGACCCCAGACAGAUCAUCAGAGACAUGGAGAAACUGGAUGAAAUGGAGUUUAACCCGGUUCAGCAGCCCUUGUUGAACGACAAAGUGCUGCGUGAUAAGAGGAAGAAGUUACGCGAGACCUUCGAGCGAAUCGUGCGUCUGUAUGAGAGAGAGAAUCCCGAGACGUAUAAAGAGCUGCGCAAACUGGAGCUGGAGUACGAGACCAAACGGGGACAGUUAUCGCUAUACUUCGACUCGGUCAAGAACGCGGAGUCUGUGGAGGUGGACAGUAUUCCUCUUCCUGACAUGCCUCAUGCACCGUCCAGCGUCCUUAUUCAGGACAUCCCAUUGCCGGGAGCCCAACCCCCAUCGAUCCUCAAGAAGACCUCUAGCUUUGGCAAAGGGACGGCGGUGUCGUCAGCAGCAGUUGCGGGGGUCCCUCGGUUACCACCGGGACGCAAACCUCCCGGACCUCCCCCUGGGCCUCCGCCACCCCAGAUACUACAGCUCUACAAACCAGACGCAGGAGGCGAGGCUGACAUCGACAUGGCUGAUCGAGACAGCGAUAGUGGCUCUGACGGAGGAGAGGACCAGAGCGAAUCAGACGACCAGAGCGACGGAGAGGGAGAUGAACUGUUGGAGAAGAGGGGCCUGGGAAGCCGACAGGAUGAUCGAGAGAGGGACGACGAGAGGGAAAGAGGUCGCACCGUGCGUUUUGCCGAUAUGCCACAGCAGACGAAGAAGCGAAAGAAGAGGGUGGUAAAGAAAACGAAGGCGAUCACACCCCUCCAGGCCAUGAUGUUAAGGAUGGCAGGUCAGUCUAUUCCAGAGGAAGAGGAGGAGGUUGAGGAGGAGGAGUACACAGACUCCGAUCAAUCCGACAGCGAGGUCUUGGAGCCCCCCGGCGAGAGCCAAUUAGCUCCCUCCCUGAACCGACUCCCCCCACCGUCAGCACCGAUGGGAGCGCCGCCGCCACAGCAGCAGCCCCCGCCCCACCUGCAGCCACCCCCUCUCACAGGCCCUCCUCCUUUAGGACCUCCUCCUGCUCCUCCAAUGAGGCCUCCGGGCCCACCCUCAGGUCCACCUCCUGGGCCUCCGCCAGGCGCCCCUCCCUUCCUCAGGCCCCCUAAUCUACCUGGUGCUCUCAGGGGGCCGAUGCCGCGUAUGUUGCCCCCUGGUCCACCUCCUGGGCGGCCUCCAGGCCCACCCCCUGGCCCACCACCAGGCCUUCCUCCAGGUCCACCUCCAAGAGGACCGCCUCCCAGACUGCCUCCCCCAGCGCCACCAGGUAUUCCUCCCCCUCCUCCUCGUGCUGGUCCUCCACGCAUGGCUCCGCCCCUCUCCAUGUUCCCGCCUCCUCUAAACCCCAACGUCCUGAGUGCCCCUCCCAGCAUCGUUCCUCGUCAGAAGCCCCCGCCUUCCUCUUCCACGCCUUCCUCUUCCAACGAUCCCUCCCUCUUAGCUCCGCCUUCCCUCCCUCUGUCCAUCCGCCCAUCCUCCAUGCAGAUGCCCCCUCCUCCAGGUACCGUUCCCACUCCUGUCAGCGCCCCCACCCACACCAUAGAGAAGCGCGCCAACAUCACGAGCGUCUCCGGCGCUGCGGGACAGUCGGGCGCCGCCACCAUCUCGGCAAAACCGCAGAUCAUCAACCCCAAAGCGGAAGUGACGCGGUUCGUUCCCACGGCGUUGCGUGUCCGCAGGGACCGGAUGGGUCCGCAGGGGGUGGCGCCCACCGAAAAAGGAGGGAGGAAAGAGGAGGAGAGAGUCGGGCACGGAUUCAAAGCCAUGCCGUCGGCGAACCCCGUCCAUCUCGGCCCCAGCUUGGCCCCUCCCAGCAUGAAGACCAAGGACCAGGUGUACGAGGCGUUCAUGAGAGAGAUGGAGGGCUUACUGUGAGAACGAGGGGGUGAGCUGGGGAGGCUGGAAGGUGAAGGUCGAAGGGGUGCGCAUGUCAUUUCAACGCUAGCCUCCGUCACGCGUGUUUCAACACCAUUUUUAUAUUGAGUUUGUUUUUCUGUAUGUAGAUGUUGAGUGUCGGAGCUGGACGUGUUAUUGUUUAAAAUCCUAAAUAAACACCAAAAAAAACA